AUGAAGUCCCUUGGUUCAUCGGUCACUGACAGCUCUCCUGCUUUCACCCCUGCCAUGGCUGCACCCAGAGGUCGAAUCCCAAAUGCCGACUGGCUGCAAUACAAGUCUGCUAUUCGGCAGAUGAUCCUUACGGAAAAAGUCUCUCUUGUCGAUGCGAGGCAUAGGCUCGAAGAGAACGGCUUCGCUGUAACGAAAGCUCAGCUUGAGUACAGACUCAAGAAGUGGGGAUUCCGUAAGAGAGUUCCCAAGAACAGAAGUGCCGAUAUUUGGAGAUAUGUUGGCUCUCAAAUAGCCAGCAGAAAACGCCAAGGAAAUAUCAAAGGGGCCAUGCUCAACGGGCAAAGGCAGAAAGUCGACAAGGUCACUAAAGAUAUACGGCGACAUGAGCUAGUUACGCUGCUGCAGUCCAUAACAGCGCCUUUGAUGGCCUCGAUCCCAUUGUACUGGACAGACGACCUCGUCGACAAGCAAUACCGGGUCGUUUAG